GAUUUGACAGAUGCGUCACUUCCGGUUUCAUUUCUGUUGACAUUUGCAAUACACAAAUUGUGUGUUGCUAACUUUUUAUUUUGACUGCUAAAAGAUAAAGACAAAGAUGUCAGGCAGAGGGGGAAAGAAGAAAGUAAAGAUUUUAUCAAAGUCUGCAAGAGCAGGUGUACUGUUUCCAGUAGCGAGAAUGCAAAGAUACCUGAAAAGAGACACUCACCAUUUCCGUAUCGGAGCAGGUGCCCCUGUGUACAUGGCUGCAGUAAUUGAGUAUUUAACAGCUGAAAUAUUAGAACUAGCAGGAAAUGCUGCCCGUGACAACAAAAAGACGAGGGUAACACCAAGACAUAUUCUUCUAGCUGUUGCAAAUGAUGAAGAACUUCAUCAGAUGCUGAAACAUGUAACGAUUGCCUCAGGUGGUGUCAUACCUCGUAUUCACCCAGAACUCCUUGUACGGAAGAAAGGUGGUAAAGUUGUUCUUCCUACAGCUCCCAAACCAGUAGCAACCUCUAAACCAGCAGUAGUAGCAAAGACUACAAACUUAAUGAAAACAACAAAUAAGAAGACAAAAGCAGCAGCAGCAGCAACAACAAAGGCAGCAGAUAAAGGGCCCAAGAAAGGGGGAAAGAGAGGAAAAGCUGCAGCAAGUGAUAACACUGAUUCAGCACCAGCAGCUAAAGGAACAACAGCUGGCGGCUUCACAAUACUUCAUGAGAAAAAACUCUUCCUAGGACAAAAGUUGACAGUAUUACAAGGUGAUAUCGUCAAGGUUACAGCUGAUGCCAUUGUUCACCCAACUAGCAGCAAUUUCUACAUGGGAGGAGAAGUUGGUUCAGCAUUGAAGAAAGCAGGUGGUAAUGAGUUCCAGGAUGAAAUAAAGUCACUGCAAUCAACACAUGGUUCACUAGACACUGCUAGUGCUGCUAUAUGUGCUGGGCACAAUAUUCCUGCUAAAUAUGUAAUCCAUUGCAACAGUCCUUCAUGGAGUGCUUCAAAUCCUGCUGAACUAUUAGAUAAAACUGUGAAAAACUGUCUUAAGUUAGCAGAUGAUAAAGAUCUAGGAAGUAUAGCUCUACCAUCUAUUGGCAGUGGCCGUGCUGGAUUUCCAAAACAAACAGCAGCACAGAUUAUUUUGCGAGCAAUCAGCAACUAUUUUGCAUCAAGCAUGUCAAGCUCUAUCAAGCAGGUUUAUUUUGUUCUCUUCGAUGUUGAGAGUGUCACUGUAUACACUACAGAACUUCAGAGACUUGAUUCAUAAACUAUCCACUACCUUUCUGCAGAUGUAAAUGGCUGAAUAAUCACAACUCUCAGAGCUAUUCACUACCAUCUGCAAAUUUUGUAGGUUUUAAAAUGUCAUUUACUAUCCAUUAGUCUCAUUUACUGAGACAUAACUGACAAUAACUCAACAACAAAUUUCAUUGGUUGAGAAAGAAAUGUUAAACUAUAUGUUAGUAUUUUAAUUUUUUUAAAAUGGUCAUUUGAUAGCAUACAUGUAUUUAUAAUAUAUUUGAUGUGAUGUUUAUAGAAAAACCUGUUUUUAGUUAUUGUUAACUUUAUGUUUGAUAGACAUUCUAGUGUGGUUUGUUGUUUAAAAAAACAUUGUUAAAUAUGAAAAAUAGGACAUCUGUAUAACUGUAGAAUAAAUUAUAGCAAAUGAUUAUAAAUGUUAAGAGAACAAAUUUAUUUAAACUAAAGAAACUUAGUAAUGUGCCAAUCAAUUUUUGAAUUGAUUUUUAAAGUGAUGUUUUUAGUUUUGUUUUUUGUUGUUUUUUUUCUUCAAAAGCAUUUAAAAGAAAAUAACAGAAAAUCUUGAAUCUUGAUUUUUUAAGUUGCUGUAAGAAUAUAUUGUAACAGGUGAAAAUUAUUCCUGUAGGCUGAAAUAGCCUACAUGUUUAUAUUUCAAUUAUACCAUUAAAUAUAAUACCCUUUUUUGCAAUACAUGUAUUUUAUUUCUAGAAAUGCUGAUUCUAGCAGAACAUUAAUAUUUAUACUUUAAUGAAAUCUUAUUAAAUGUGUCUUUUUUACUUAAAAAUCAUCUUUCUAUCACAUUUUAUAUAAAUCAUAUUUUAAGUAAAGUUAUAUACAUCUACUUUCAUGUUAUUGAUUUUUAGAUAUUCUUCUUGUUAAAAUGUAAGAAUGUCAUAAAAAUAGUUACACUGAGAUUAUAAUUUCUAUAUUGUAUCUUUGUUUUGACACAAUACAUUUGAGCCGCGUCAUGACAAAACCAACAUAGUGGGUUUGCGACAAGCAUGGAUCCAGACCAGCCUGCGCAUCCGCGCAGUCUGAUCAGGAUCCAAACUGUUCGCUUUCAAACUCUAUUACAAGUAGCGAAACUGAUAGUGAACAGCAUAGAUCCUGAUCAGACUGCACGGAUGUGCAGGCUGGUCUGGAUCCAUGCUGGUCGCAAACCCAUUAUGUUGAUUUGGUCAUGACACGGCUCAUUUAUAGUUGUUGGGAUUAUACAUCUGUUCUGUUUGUUAAAUGAUGAUGAUAUGAACAAUGUUGGAUAAUAAGAUGCAGGAACCUGUACAAGGUUAUAAACAUUUUCAUAAUUUAUCAACUUUAAUCUGUAACCUACAGGUAUGACCUUGAUAUGAUACAUUGUCUUUAACUAGAUUGAUGUUAAAAUAUUGUCUUUAUUAUCUAUAUAUUAUAUAAUAACUCUAAACAUUGUACCAGUAUACUUUAUGAUACAUGUAAAACAACACUCAUGAACAUUAAGAUACUGACAACUGGUCACUAUACAUAAAUAAAAAUAUUGAUAUGAUCUAAGCUAUGAUAUUUAAUUCUUUAGUUGAACAAUUUUAGCUGUGUAUGUGCAGGAAACAAAUGCCAUUUUGAGUACAUUUUAUAUAAUUAUAAUUAUUAAUUCAAUAAAUGUACACCUUAAACAUAAUACGAAACUAUGAUGGUUUUUUUAAUAUAUAUAUUUUUUGUUCUCGACAUUUGAAAAUACAUAUUUGAAAAUAUAUAUACUUCUAUUUUUAAAUACUUUUUACUGGUUAUUAUUUGAAAAUUUCACCAUUACAUAUAACAGGCAUUUUCUUUUAGUAUCUGACAUGAUUUUACAGUUCAUAUGGGUAGUAUUAUUAUAGCGACAUUUUAAGACAAUGUCCAAGGUAGAAAAUCAUAAUGAAAAUAUGUGUUACUUGUCAAGACAUUAGAUGAUGUAUUAUCACAUGUUAAGUUUAUAUAAUAUGUAUUAAGUUUAUAAACAUUGCAUAAUCACUGCCAGAUAAUAUAACAUUACAUGUUUUAAUGAAAUUGCUGUUUAAAAUAGAAAAUCAUAAUUUUUUGUCUCAAAAAAUUGAAAAUUUGAAAAAGAUGGCUGUUUAAAAGAGAAAAUAAUACGGUAGAUUUACAUGUAUUCACAAAAAAUGAAAGAGUAGCAAGUUUUAUUAUAAAGAUUUAUAUGCUUAAUUGUUGUGUAUUAUUAUCAUAUGAAUUUUUAACUUAAGAAUUUUUUAACCAAACACAUAUGUGUAUUAAUCUUUGACAACAUAAGGAAGUGAAAUUUUGCUAAAUGAAAUUUGUUUCAGUGAAAUAAUGUUAUCUGAAAGUUAUCUAUAAGUAAAGGAAAAUAUUUGAUAGUCAUUUAUAAUGGCAGCUCUUGAUGGAGAUUUCUUUACAUUUAUGAAUCUGAAAUGUGUGUUUGAUUAGUUCUGUUGUUGAAAGAAAUAUUAGUAUUUAUUUUACAUUAUUUGUAUGUUGUUCUUUUUAAAGGGCACAAUAAUUGUAAUUGGUCAUUUCUGUGCUUUAGCUUUAUUUUAGAUUAUUCUUAAAUAUAUUUUAAUUAUUUUUGCAUUAUUUGUGUCGUGUGGAAGCUUAAAAUAAUCAGUAAACUUUUUUUAUUUCCGUCUUGACAUAGCUUGUUCUUCUACAUGUGUGUUUGUGCAUGACUUUUGUAGACAUAUAUUAAAGUGAUUUGUCUGUUAACUUUUUUCUGAAUAAUUCAUAUAAAAAUACAUAUAAAUGAUAACACACUUUUUGUAUGGUAACUUUUUGACUAGAUUAUU